AUGGCCACAGUGACGUUGACGCCACCGACCUACUCUAAACGGAACCACAAAAUUUCAUUAAAACGCAACCCUGAAUGGGUAGAAGUGAGUGAUAAAGCCCACGCGAUUGCAACGUAUUACAUACCGUAUCAUUUAAGGAACAGUGUGGAACAAAAAUCUUUGCGUGGACUACCGAAAAGUUACCUCAUACCUCCGCAACAACCACCAGAGUUGUUUACAUUUAUUGCCAAACUAUGUACGCAUAUGGAAGCUAAAAAUAGUUCUUUUUUUACAGAUUUACCUGAAAGACUUAAUGUAAGGGUGGACAAUUCAAAAACUAAGUUUUUAGGCUUGUGUAAGGAGACGUUUGCUGAUAAAGUAGUGAACUGGGGACGUGUUAUAUCUAUCUUCACCGUAGCAGGUUGUUUUGCUUUACAUUUUUUGAAAAAAAAUCAGCUAUCCACUGUUCAAAAAAUACCACUCUGGGUACAAGAGUUUAUUGACCAAGAAUUGGCAGAUUGGAUUAUCGAGCAAGGAGGUUGGGAGGAUGCAGGUUGGCUACUGAGUCAGAAAAAUUGUCACAAUCUCUUCCAAUUAGGAUAA